AUGACAGCCAUGGACUCUAUUAUCCCGCGAUCAGCUCUUGCUGUCUUCUACCUUUGCUCUUAUGCAAUAACCUACGGGCCCGCAGGAAUAGGAGUUGUUGAGCGCUUCGUGGGCCAUGUCCACCGGGCGUUCUGGUGCGCCACCAUCGAAGAGGCUGUCCUAUGGCCCAUAUACACAGUCACAUUUGGACACGUACAACACGGAUUUUUUCGGACAGUUCUCCGGUUCCUUUUGCAUUUCGGCGCUUCAGAGCUGGGCUGGUCAAGAUACAGGCGGUGGGUGCAGCUCCUCGUGCUCCAAGGCUCACUAUCUCCUUUCCCGACCGGCACGCCGUCCCUCCUCGGGGACCUGAGCACCUGCGCCGCUGUGGCCCAGGGCGUCUCAUAUUUCUGUAUCAUUCUGAUCUUGGACGACAUAAACGCCGGUCUAAAGAUGCUCCAGGACGCGGCGGAAACCAAAGCGGCCAUCAUCUUGGAGGGCCCGGAGGAGGCCGAGCCGCUGUUCGAGAACGACCACCAAGUCCUCGAGGGUGCCUUGCCUGGGGAUCUGCUCGGCGAAUUACUGCUCGGACUGGGCGACAUUUGCGGACUCUCGGCCGACAUGUUCAACACUGUGGGGUGGUACCUGGAGCGCAUGGCGAUCGGGGCGCUGGUGACGGGUUGCGUCAACGCUUAUAAUAACACCCACCCGUCGUGGCGGCCCUCUAUUUUCAGAGUGGGCAUCGUUGUCAUCCUCGCCAUCUCGGCUGCGUACUGGUUGGAGCACGUACACGAGGCCUGGGACGAAGAGGACGCCCGCGCCGCCGCCGCCGCCGGGGGGGACGUCGGCGUGCCGAGACGACCCCUCGCACAGAGACUACUUCUGCGGCUGCCCCGGCUCGGGCCACUACCAAAGCCGCCGGUGGGCCUCCACGACGUCCUCGAUCAGGCGUCCCAGGACACCUGGCAGGUGCGCGCGGCGAUGUGGCCCGACGACGCGCGCCGCGACUUCUACGCCUCGGUGCUGGCUGGGGAUCGGGCGUCGUCGGUAGAAGCUGCGUUCUUGGUGACCACCGCGGGGCUCAUCGGGCAGUCCGAGUUUGAAGACCUCUGGCGGAGCGCCGGGCUUACUACGGGGGUUUUGCUGCUUGAUGGUGACGAGGCUUCUCCCCCUGCCGCUGCCGCUGCGGGUAUUUCGGGCUGGAUUCUGUUCAUCUGGGACCUCCCCGCGUUCGUCUCGUAUUACAUAGCUCCCAUGAUGGAGUUGUGUUUUGGUAUAGGUGUGGUUAUUGGUGCGAUUGCUGCAACUUUUACAUUGAUUCGGAAUGGUCAAGGAAGACGAGAAGAGGGAGAAGAUAGAAGGGAGGAUAGAAGGAACAGGAUGGGGGAGGGCGAAGGGUAGGAGGGCAGGAGGGAGGGAGUGUAGAAGAACCAACUGACUGAAGGUUAGAGUUAGAGGGAAGAGAUAGGUUGUUUUAGUAAAAGAUCCUAGGUCAAAAAUUAGAAUUAUACCUAGGGAGUUAGCAUAAUAACUUAAAA